UGAAAAUAUCAAAGAUUUUAUAAUUAUAACAUUAACUUAAACACUCACGGUUUCUCUUUCUUUCUCUCUCUCUCUUUCUUUCUUUUUUCUCUCUCUCUCUCUCACUCUCUUUUUUUAUUUUUUAUCUUUUAUUUUAUUUUAUUUUUUUGUAUUCUUCUCUUCUCUUCUUUAAAACCCAUAAAAGAAUGGAAUACGAUCCAGCUCAUAAAACUUCUAGUGUUACUAGUACAUCAAGCAAUACUUCAUCUAUUUGGGAUCCAUUACCUUCUCUUUAUUAUACAGGACGUGCAGAGUCUGUUUCUAGUAGUGCAUUUGAAUUUGAUGAACCAGACUCUUUUUUGGAUGAAGGUAGAUUCAUACUAGUACAGAUAAAAAGAUAUCAUGAUCAGGUAGAAGAGAAAUCAAAGAACCGAGAAAUUUUAACCAAUGAUCAAAAGAGAGCAAAUCAUAUUGCUUCUGAACAAAAGAGAAGAAAUACGAUUCGAGGUGGAUUUAAGGAACUCACUGAACUUAUUCCUACUUUAAAAAAUAUCAACCAUUCAAAGAGUACCAUCUUAUUUAAAUCUGUUGAUUAUAUCAAGAAGCUCGAAAAGGGUAAUAAGGUCCUUAAAGAAAGACUCACUAUCUUACAAUCUCCUCUUUUAUCUAAACAUCAUCUCUUUACAAAUUAUCAUUCAAUUUCUAUCCCUGCUAUGGAUGAUACUCCAACUACUUCUACUCAUAAUUCCCCUACUCUUUCUCAUGCAUCAUCUUCUCUUGUAAAUAUUAAUAGCAUAUCAUCAUUCCAUAAUGCUCUGGUCAUACCUUUAAAUAAUCAUUCAAGUGCUCCCAGUUUUACUAUUCCUGCAGAUGAAGAAAAUUAUCACAUAAAUCAUUAUUCAGAGCGUUUAUUAACUUCUGGUAAAUUGGACCAUUUAAAAAAAUAUUAAUAAAGUCUAUUUCUGGUUUUUUUUUUUUUUUUUUUUUUUUGUGUGUGUUAUUUUAUGUUAUUUUAUUUU